ACCAGAUAUAGGGAAUGCAGGGUCUCGAGGAGACCAUAUAUAGUGAAUGCAGGGUCCGGGGAGACCAUAUAUAGUGAAUGCAGGGUCCGGGGGAGACCAGAUAUAGUAAAUUCAGGGUCCUGGGAGACCGUAUAUAGUGAAUGCAGGGGUCCAGGAAGACCAGAUAUAGGGAAUGCAGGGUCUGGGGGAGACCAGAUAUAGGGAAUGCAGGGUCCUGGGAGACCAUAUAUAGUGAACGCAGGGUCCGGGGGAGACCAGAUAUAGUGAAUGCAGGGUCCGGGAAGACCAUAUAUAGUGAACGCAGGGUCCAGGGAGACCAGAUAUAGUGAAUGCAGGGUCCGGGAAGACCAUAUAUAGUGAUUGCAGGGUCCGGGGAGACCAGAUAUAGGGAAUGCAGGGUCCGGGGAGACCAUAUAUAGUGAAUGCAGGGUCCGGGGAGACCAGAUAUAGGGAUUGAGAGGGUCCGGGAGACCAUAUAUAGUGAGUGCA